AUGUUCGCCUCUCGAUGCCUCCUCAUCGCCCUGGUGGCAAUCCUCCUCCCCUCCACCAGCCUCAGCGGGGCCAUUUUCUCGACAUGGCCAAGUAGCAACCCACAAACGCCUCUCGAGGGGCCCGGGUGUGACGGAUCGGGGGUGGUUGACCCAGACGGACGCUGCAAUGGCAACGGACUCAUCGACAACCCGGCACCGCGGGACCGCGAGGGAUUCAAGUUCGAGAACCCGUCGACGGACUGCGAGUACGUGUCGCAGAUGCAUAUCUGGGAUUCGUUCAAGGAUCUGGAGAAGGACAUGACCAAGCUGUUUACGUUGAUCCACAAGAACGUGAGCUUCACGGUGGUUGGUCACCACCCGAUUGCCGGGCAUUACUUCGACCUGAUGCAUUUUUAUGUGAAUGCGCUGCGUCGCGUGAGCGUGCUAUUCUUUGACCAUGCCGACAAGUUCGAGAUUCACCCUCAGGCUAUUCAUGGUGGGUGUAAUAGUCGGUGGUCAGUGCAGGAGGUCCAGUUCAAGGGUGUGAUGAAUUCUGGUGAUGAUUUCGAUAUUGUCAACGUGUGGGUGACGCGAUGGUACCGGGGCCAAAUGGUCGAGAUCCGCACGUAUAUCGACGCCGCGCGAAUCAUGGAGGCCCUGCAUAAGAAUGAGAUCUGGUGGAAUAGCACUACCUUUCGUGAUAACCACCAGUUCAUGCCUGGACCAGCAGGCAUGCCAGACAUUAAAGCGUUGGAGGGUCUAAUGGGAUAUCCUGAUGGGAGCAAAUACGACGACUGA